AUGCAUAAUAGACAAAGCAUUGGUGUUGCAUUUCCAACAAGACAACCUAUGAAAUUAUAUACAACUUUAUGGAAUGGAGACUCAUGGGCAACAAGAUGGGGACAAGUCAAAAUUGAUUGGUCAAAGGCUCCAUUCAUAGCAAGUUUUAGAAAUUUCAACGCCAACGCAUGCAUUCCACUUCCAAACUCAUCUAAUUGCCUUGAUUUCAAUAGUGGAAAAAAUAAAGGUCUUAAUGCUGAAAAAAGGAAGAAGCUUAAAGAGAUUCAUGCAAAAUGGGUUGUUUAUGAUUAUUGUCGUGAUUUUAGACGUUAUGCUCGUGGUCUUCCUUAUGAAUGCCGCAAGAAUAAUCGCUUAUUAGCUAUUGAAGAUGAAUAUUAG